GAGAGGAGUCUCGUGGACGAGGUUUGGGCGCCGCACACGCACGCAGAGUUUCGGGGGGCCAGUUUUCCGUGGAAAAUCGACGCCUUUUUUGUGUGGUCCACGCGAGAACUAGGUCAGGUCACGGAGGUUCCCGGAACGCGCGCGGUUCCGGAAGUUGGUCGCGGUUUGUCGGUGGUUCGGAACGGAUUCGUCCGGGAUUCAGGUGGUUCUUGGUCUCGAAAGGGUCUCCCCUCUGGUGUCCUCCUUCGGUAGAGUUUUCCUUUGCCUGCUAGUGUGUCAGCUUGUCAGCUUUUCGUGCUCUCUCACGCGUUCUCAUGGGUUGGUGAGGAGUGAGGAGCGGGAGCGGGAGCAGCAGGUGAGACGUGAGGAGUUGGCUCUUGCAAGUGGUGGUGAAUGCCAUGGCCUGCUUUUCUUGAAUGGGGAGAAAAUUUCUCGCAUACCGUGGCCCGUGACUGACGUGAGGUUCCUUUUCGGUAGCUGGAAAAUUACCAUCGAAGAAGGCUGUACGGUACGGUUAGUUUACAGCAGUGCUUGUAAAUUUCGCGUUAAGUAGGCGUGUAGUGUGCUAAAGAGUGUGUAGUGUUCAAAGAAGCGUUAUGCAUCGCUAGCGCAGCCUCACAAAAGUCAUCGCCAGUGUUCUGUUUUUGUUCCCGUUGCCCUCGGGUGUAUUUUUUCCUGCUCCCCAACGAUGGACGGGAUUGCCAGCGCACAGGUUGAAGGAAAAUGAGUGCGAGAUGAAGAAAACAAGUGAAUAUUUACAGUGAAAGUGAUGUAUUCGAAGGUAACCAACGCAAUGUAGAGUGCAGGAAAAGAGUGUUCCAGAAGAAGAAAUCAAGGAAAAGGGGAUACACAAAAUAGCAAUUUUCAGCAAAAUUUUCGUCCAACUCGGAAGUAGCAGCCGUCACUACACAAUCACUCAGGCAGAGAUUGUGUCGAGUGCCAUCGCAGUAGUCCUUGCCGAUCACCGUCAUCACCGUCACGCAGCCGUCAGUAGCCACCGCGCCGAGAAGGCGAAAAAGGAAGAAACCGUCAUCGACGCAAUCAUCGCCAAUCAUCGCACCUGGAGACCCUCUUAUCAGAGCGAGAGAUAGCGAGAGCGAGAGCAAACAACAACAACAACAAAGUAACACCACAAACAGAGAAGGAACGAGCGAGAGAGGCAAUCGUUCGAAACAGAGAGAAAGAGAAUACCGAUCCCCAGCCCCCGCGCGAGCCCAGCAAACGUCAGUAAUAAUUAUCAACGAGAAGAAGUUCAAGGAGCAACGGAAACAGCGACACGCAACAAAAACACCCGCUAAACAAAACGUCAAGCGGAACAGCGGGUCCUCUGGCGACGGAGGGCAACGCGAGAGGGAGAGAGGUCAGCCGAAAAUAACCCCCACGAGAAGGUCGUGCUUUUAAAAAAAUACUAACUAAACAGGAUCUGGAAGGAAGCAAGGCAAUAUUAAAAAGCGAUUUACUAUGGCUGGUGGCAUUGGCAUGAACUUGUAACGGCAAUAAUAACAGGAAACGGCACUACAGUAGCAAACCAGCCCUCACCAGGAGUGAAUCAACCGGCCAACUCAACUCAGCUGUGCUACAAGUGUCGCAAAAUAAUUAAAAAAGAAAGAGCGCAAACGUCCACCUCCGACGGACUUGCGGGCGAUGGCGUUUGCGGUUACGAGGGCGACGACCGGUGUCAGCAGCAGCAGCACUUCCUGCGCCCUGCGUGAUUCGCCAGCGAUACAGUCGUAGAGCCGUAGAAGUUGUUUUGGAAGCGCGAAACAACUUCUAUCGCUACCUUUCACGUUGGAAUGUCCUGCAGCGUCGACGGGCUGCCGGCGGGGUGUCGACUCCGUGGCAUGGGCUCGACCGUUCAGAGUGGUCCACUUAAUUCGUCUUUGAGUGGAGCACCGGAUACAGCAUCCAAUGUUGUGCCACUACAACGACCACCUUCGCAGAAGCCGUGCUGCUUUUGCUGGUGCUGCUGCUGCUCCUGCUCGUGGGCUAAAUGCUUGGCCAUAAAAAAUGCAGAAGACAACGGGCCUACGAAAAAAGACCCAGCUAGUUCCGAUACGCUUUUCGAUGGCGAACAACCAACGCUGGAGGAGAUCCGCAGCUGGGGCAAAAGCUUCGACAAACUGAUGCGGAGUCCGAGCGGGCGGAAGGCGUUCCGGGAGUUUCUGCGCUGCGAGUACAGCGAGGAAAACAUCCUCUUCUGGCUGGCCUGCGAGGAGCUCAAGAAGGAAACCAACCCCGAGGCGAUAGAGGAGAAGGCUAGGUUUAUCUACGAAGAUUAUAUAUCGAUUUUAUCACCCAAAGAGGUGUCGUUAGACUCCCGAGUGCGGGAAAUAGUUAAUAGGAAUAUGGUGGAACCCACGCCGCACACAUUUGACGAAGCUCAACUACAAAUUUAUACACUAAUGCAUAGAGAUUCGUACCCGAGAUUUAUAAACUCAUCACAAUUCAAAACCCUGGCACAAAUCCCGGACGGGGUGUCGGCGUCCAGCUCGACGGCGGAAAGUCCUAGCAACUAGGAGGAGGAGGAGCAGGAGCAGGAGAAGGAGUAAGAGCAAGCUAACAACGCGUUAAAGUAAUAUGUUUAAAGUUAAAAUUAUCAAAUGGCGUGACGACGACGACGACGAAAAGUGAGGAAAUAUACAUAUUAUAAGCAUUAAUCGAAGUUUUAAACAAUAAGAAAUGGGUGGGGGAAAAAGUGGCCGGUGGAACGAGGGGAAGAAGCGGGGGGUAAGUGGGGGUGAUGGAAACCACUAUGAUUAGUUAAUAAAUUGAUUGAGCGGGGCUCGUUCCAUUUAAGAUUUUGGUUAGGUUUUUUCUGUUUUAUUUUGAAUUUGUUAUUAUUUAUUGAUUUUUGAUGUUAUGAUAUUUCAAACUAAUUUUUAAAGUUAAACGUUGAAGAAGUUUGAGUUGAUUUUUUAUAAAUUUUAUAAAGUUUUCAGAUAAUAUAAUUUUUACUGUUCGUUGAAAAAAUAAACCAUAUAAAUAAGAACGAGCCUUGUUCGUAAUAGAGCAACCCAUUAGAAAGAACAACAAAAAAAGGCAAAUAAAGUAAAAUUUUAUAUAAAUAUUAUACAACAAAAAAGAAACAUAACGAAAUGGAUCGAACUAGUGUUUACUACCCCCGAGUCGGGAGAUCUAGUCGGGAGAGGGUAAUUCAACAGCUAGGGCUAAACAUACACAAAAACACACACAAAAAACACGUAAAUUCACAAACACACACUGAUAAUUUUUAGCGUUACUGUAAAUUAUAGAUGGACGUUAUUAUGAAAAAAAAAUGAAACAGCAAGUAAAUAAACAGAAAUGAAAUAACCCCAGAGAAGAAGAAGAAAACAUAAAAACAUGCUCUAAAACGAUGUAAUCAAUAGCCAAAAAAGAACAAAGAAAAACAAAUAUAUAUCUAUAUACACAACACAUACAACAAGAAAGAGAAAAAAAGUCGAGUUAAAAGAGAGCCAGGUUUUAGUUGAGGAAUAGUAGUGAAAAAAGUUUAAAAACAAGACAAACGACAAUGAAGUAAACGUAACUAGAAGAAGAAAAAGAUCCCGUCGUCAGAAGAAAACAACAACUUUUAUCCGUUACCUUUAUUAAUUGUUCGAUUCUGUUGUUCUCUAACUAAACGUUAUUUGGAUUCAGAUUUUAAAAAACAAACACUCUCACAAAUCACUCAAAAAACCACCAACCAAUCAAUCAAAACCCGAAAUACACACAUCUCAAUCAAAGGAGCCACCCUAACACAAAAGAAGAGAUCACCCAAACCCACUCCUCCCAGAGCAAUGAAAGCAUUAUUUUUUGCGCAAACAAACGUAAAAACAGAAAAAAAAAAGUUAUUUAAAAACCAGCUAAGUGUUACUAAAGAAAUAGAAGAAGCCCCUUUUACACAAACACACAAUUUAUGUGAAAAAAACGAGCAAGCACAAAGUUUAGUGUAAGAGACCAAAGUUUAUCUAUAUAUUCUAUAUCUAGCGCUCCUAAGUCAACCAAUCCCCAGAAUAAGAACGAAAUGCUUUAAUCCAAAACGUUCUGUGGUCGGUUCGAAACAUUCAAGUAUUACAAAACCAAAAAAAGUAACGCGACAUUUCUAGCAGCCUAAAAUGACCACGCCGUACUAUGUAUAUUUACUGUUUAUAUUUAAUAUUUUAAAAAAGAUCGCAUAACUUGUUGACUUUUUGUUUCGACUAGUCUCAAAUCAAAGAUGUGAUCGAGCUCCCUUUUUUGUGUUUGUCCACCCGCCACAAAUCGCUCUGUCUCUUUCUAUAUAUUUAUAAAUAUAAUGAAGUUUUUUAGUAUCUCUAUUGAUUAGCUCAAUUUUUGUUACAUUUUUUACGAUGGCCUAUUCGAUUUUAUUAGAGAAAAAUUAAACAGAGCAAGAAAAAAAAAGAAAGUAAACAAAGGCAUUAAUUGCACUGUUAGUAAAAACAUAAACAUAAACAAAUAAACUUAAGUAAGUAAAUAAAAAAAAAAUGAGGCAUUCUAGUCAAGAAAAAUCGAAGCAAAAAAAAAGGAAUCCUUAGAAUAAACGAUUUAGCUGACACAACCCACACACACAUCCUCACACACACAAACAAUAUCUAACACACACACACUCACCCACGUGAUGGCGUUGCUUCUCGAGAGAGGGAGAGGAACGUGAAUAUUUUUAUUUUGUUUUUCAAACAAUAGUCACUGAUGAACCAGCCUAGUUGAGUGUGUUGACCACUAAUCCUCAUUAGCAUCCGAAGUGUUAGUAGAGAAGCGUGUGGUAUAGUGGAGGAGGGAUUCCAAGUGGGGUGUAGUGGACUUUUUGCGGUGGAAUUUAAAUGUUUUUUGAUUGAAGUUAGAAUCACAAGUUUCGAAAAUAAAAAAAAGUAUUUUGAUUUUGUUCAAAAUAAAACGCAAUCAACCAAACUUAAUGCAAAAGACUCGAUCAUCUGAGACCAGGAUAUCCGUAGCUUCGACUGUACGAAUUUUGAUUAUCCAAAGUUUCGUUUAUCCGAAGUCUCGAUUAUUCGACUCUUCGACUUUCCAUUAUUUCGAUUAUUCGACGUCUUUAUUAUCCAAAAUUUGAUAAUCCGAACCUCACUUUCCCUAAAUUUCUACUAUCCUCAAUGCCGAUUAUCUAAACCUUUUUUAUCUAAAGUUAUUAAAUUUAUAUUAUCCGAAGUAUCGACUAUCCAAAGCUUCGAAUAUCCUGAGUUUUAAUUAUUCAAAGCCUUGAUUAUCCGAAAUUUCGAUUAUCCGAAGCCUCGAUUAUCUAAAAUUUGGACUAUCCAAAGUUUCCAAAGAUUCAUAAAAACUUCGAAUGUCUGAAGUUUCAAUUUUCAAUGGCCUCGACUAUCCGAUGUUAAACCAAUCCAAAGCUUAGAUUAUCCAAAGCCUCGAUUGUCGAAAAUUUCAAUUAACUGAAGCUUCGAUUCAUCAAAAUUUCGAUUAUCCGAUGUUUCAAAUAUCCUAAGCCUCGAUUAUCCACAGUUUCACCUUUCCGAAGUUUCGAUUUUCCGAAGCUUCGAUUAUCUACAAUUUCUAUUAUCCGAAGUUUCGAUUAACCGAAGCGUCGAAUAUUUAAAAUUCGAUUAUCUGAAGCAUCGAUUAUCUGAAAUUUGGAUCACACAAAGUUUCAACUAUUCAAAGGCUCGAUAAUCCUAAGUUUAGAUUAUUCAAUUAUCCAAAAUUUCGAUUAUCCCAAGCCUCGAUUAACCAAAAUUUCGAUUGUCCGAAGAUUCGAUUAUCCCAAGCAUCGAUGUUUCAACUUUCCGAAGUUUCGAUUAUCCGAAGCUUUGAUUAUCUUAAGUUUCGAUUAUCUGAAGCAUUGAAUCAUCGAAAUUUCGAUUAUCCGAAGUUUCGAUUAUCCAAAGCCUUGAUUAUGCGAAUGUCUGAAGUUUGUUUAUUUCUCAACAGGCACUUACUGCCCAAAUGAACUUAAAACUAAGACUAAAACUAAAACAUUCGUCUUAACAGUGAUAAAAACUUGGAAUGUUUUAACUAUCCGAAGUUUCGAUAAUCAACAAUUUCUAUUAUCCGAAGUUUCAACUAUCCAAAGCCUCGAUUAUCCAAAGUCUCAUCAUUAUCUGAUGUUUUGAUUGUUGAAAGUUUCGAUCAUCCCAAGCAUCGAUUAUCCGAAGUCUCUAUUAGCCAAAGCCUGGAUUAUCCAAAGUCUCUAUUAUCUGAAGUUUUGAUUGUUCGAAGUUUCUAUUAUCCGAAAUAACGAUCAUCCGAAGCUUUGAUUAUCCAAAGCCUCGAUUAUCCAUAGUAUCUGUUAUCCGAAGUUUUGAUUGUUCGAAGUUUCGAUUUUCCGAAGUUUCGAUCAUCCGAAGCACCGAUUAACCGAAGUCUCGAUUAUUCAAAGCCUCGAUUAUUCCAAGCCUCGAUUAUCCAUUGUCUCUAUUAUCCAUUGUCUCUAUUAUCCGAAGUUUUGAUUGUUCGAUCAUCCGAAGCUUUGAUUAUCCGAUGUUUUGAUUGUCGAAAGUUUCGAUCACCCGAAGCAUCAAUUAUACGAAGUCUUGAUUAUCCAAAGUCUCAAUUAUCCAUUUUCUCUAUUCGAAUUCUUCGAAGUUUCGAUUAUCUGAAGCCUAGAUUUCAAAGUUUAGACUAUCCUAAGUUUUUGUUUUUCAAAAUUUCAAUUGUUCUAGGCCGAUUUUCCAAUGUGUGAAUUAUCCGGAGAUUGAAUUAUCCGAAGCCACUAUUAUACGAAAUUACUUGUUUCUAAAGGACUCUAAAAUAAACGUUUUCGGUCAAUAUAUAUAAAUAAAAAAUGAGGUUCAUUUGUCUAUUAAAACCAUGUUUGAUUGAAAUGUUGACAACUCUCACUGAAAACAUGUUCUGAAAUAUUCAAAUCAAAAGAAUAAUCAGAAAUUUUUAAAUUUAUUUUAAAUUUUUAAAUUUAUAAUUUUUUUCGAAGCUGGUAUAAUAUGAAAAUUUCAUCGCUAAAAUGGUCCAUUCGCUUAACUUGAACUACCCCUUCCAAGGAUAGUAAAUAGUCUAAAAUACACAAUAGAAACAAAGCAGAAAAAAUCACCCUCCCGCAAAUAGUAAUUGUUGUCGUCUUUAGCGAAAUCAUGUGUACAUUUCUAGGCAGAAAGUUUCCCGCGCAACAACAGUAAGGACACAAUGAAAGAUUAAAAAAGUAAAUAAUUUUACAAACAAGAAGGAGAAUAAAAGCGAGCAAAGAAUUCAUUGUACGGCCCAACUACUACUAGGAUAGAUUAGACGGAAAAUCAAAUUAAAAAAAAAAGAAAAUCCUUCUAAGUUAAGGCCACACACCGAGAAAAAGAGGGCGAGUCGAGUCGAGCAGCUUUCGUGCAAGUGUUCUUUAAUUCUUUGUUAACUUUCCACUACCAACAGGCUUUUGGGUUCCAAACACAUGAAUGUCGAUCAGGUUUAAUCAGCAAUAACAACAGCAACACGUAACAACAACAACCGAUUAACACACAACCACACACUUUUGCAUUUAACUAGCACUUAAGCCACUUUAAAGAGAAAAAAAAAUCAAUGGAAAGCUGCUCGACAUUUCGCUCCAACACGCAAUAAAAACAAACAAAAAAAGAAACAAGUUUAAAGUUUAAGAAAAAAGUAAACAAGAGAACAAGAAUAGUCCAACAUAUACAUAAAUUUGUGUGUAAAAUUUUCCGUUUCCAAUUAUUUACACAGUUUCAUCGCUUUUUGGUUCAGGUGAAAAAUGAUGUUUAACAGAAGAGAGAUAAAAUAAAUGGGGGAAAAAACUGUCGUCAAAUGAAAGGUAAGAUGAGAAACUUUUAUAAUAUAAAUAAGAAACGAUGAAAAUAACAGCAAACAAACAACCCCCGUAAAGUUAAAGAAACAAGAUCUAUAUUCAAGCAGAAAAAAAAACUUUUAUAUGGUUAUAAAGUUUUACACAAAACAUGUAAGUUUAAACAAAAGAAAACACGGAGAGCGAUAAUUAGCAAGAUCACUCGCAUAAAGCGCUAAACGCGAUCGAUUAAGUUGUCCUGUCCUGUUCAAAGCCCUACCCCUAAAAUUGGUUAUUUGUUCAGUAACUUCUCUGCAACCGUUGUGCAACACUGUGUUGCACAAGCGUAGUUUAAGGUCGUCGAGUAGUUUCAAGCAAACUUGUUUCGAAGUUCAAUCGGUCAAACGUGAGCAGAAAAUUCACGAGAAAAAAGAUACUAAUUUUCUUACUUGCAACACUUUUAUAUAGUAUUUAUUCAAGGAUGAACAGAUAACUACAUUAACAAUUAACUGAGAUAAGAUGAAAAUAAUAAAGAAAAAAAUAUCGCAAACAAAACUUGUUGUUUAUACUUCGAUUUCAUAUAAAAUAAAAAGAAAACAAAACAAACAAAGUAAUGUAAAACCAAAAAGGUAAAAUAAAUAUAUAAAUAUGCACCAAAAACAGAACAGGAUUAACGCUAACCUAAACAAAAAACGAAAAAAAACAUACACACUCACAAAUACACAGAAACACAAAACAUACACACGCGUUUUACACCGGCCGAUUGCGACGAAGGGUGGACGACAACCUUACUUAAAAAAAGAAAGCAUUCAAAAAUAAACAAAACACUAAAGAAGCAUUAAACAUACCAACCCCGAGAGAAAAACAAAACAAACUGCAUAUUAGAAAUGUACCGAUUUUAAUUGUAAUGAAAAGCAAAGAGGAAAGAGGUAUGACAUAUAGCGAAAGAAAAAAAAAAUCUAAAAAAAUCAAUCAAUCGUUUUUAAGUUGAGUUCUAAUGAAAAAAAAAAUCAAAUCAACACAAAACAUAAAAACACACACACGCAA